GUGUGUCAAACAUAUGGCACAAAAGAACUGUCUCAGUUUUCUAUGGAGGGAGACAUCAACAUUGGAGGCAUUUUCUCCUUCCAUCAGAACCCAAUCAGUGUCAAUCCAGCUCUACAAGGUAACCCAGGAACAAUCCAGUGUGAAGGACUGGACCCAGGAGAGCUCCAGUAUGCAUACACUAUGAUGUUUGCCAUAGAGGAGAUCAACAACAGCUCAGAGCUGCUGCCAGGAGUCACACUGGGCUACCGGAUCUUUGACUCCUGCCCCAGUAUCCCUCUGUCCAUCAGGGCAUCGCUAAACCUGAUGAAUAGGUAUGAGAGCGGGGAAGGCAGCUGUAACAAACUCUCCAGUGUACAUGCUGUCAUAGGGGAAACCACAUCCACCUCUACAAUAGGUAUUGCACGCACCAUGGGACCCUUCCAUAUACCUGUGAUCAGUCAUUCAGCUACUUGUGCAUGUCUUAGUAACAGAAGAGACUAUCCUUCUUUCUUCAGAACCAUACCUAGUGACCUUUACCAGAGCAAAGCAUUGGCAAAACUGGUGAAACACUUUGGCUGGACAUGGGUAGGGGCUAUUAGAACUAACAGUGACUAUGGGAACGGUGGCAUGGCCACUUUCCUGGAAGCAGCUGAAAAGGAAGGCGUUUGUGUUGAGUACUCAGUGGCUAUUUAUAGGACUGACCCAAGAAAGUGGUUCUUAGAGGUGGUGAACAUUAUAAAGAAAUCUACCUCUAAAGUAAUAGUGGCUUUUGCUGAUGGCACAGACCUUGACAUCCUUAUCAAAGAGCUCCAUGCUCAAAAUGUGACAGGCCUGCAGUGGGUGGGCAGUGAGGGCUGGAUCACUUAUCGCUAUAUUGCCUCUUCAGUAAACUAUGCUGUGGUCCAGGGGGCAGUGGGCUUUGCAGCACUCAAUGCUUACAUCCCUGGACUGCAGGAGUUUCUGGCUAACAGCAGGCCCUCCACGACACCAGGUGACCGGGGAUUGGUGGAGUUGUGGGAGAUGGUGUUCAGCUGCACCCUGACUCCCCAAGCAGAGACUCACAUUCAGGGAUCAGUCACAGCCUGCACUGGGAGGGAGUCUCUGCGGGACACAAGCACACGCUUCACAGAUGUUUCAGAUGCCAGUCUGCUGAAUAAUGUUUACAAGGCCACAUACGCUGUAGGUCAUGCACUGCACAUGCUAUUUACUUGCAAAGAUGGACAGGGGCCUUUUGAGAACAACACUUGUGCUGAUAGGGAAAAUAUCCAACCAUGGCAGGUGCUGCAUUAUCUGACCCAGGUCAAUUUCACCACAAAGAUUGGUGAAAAUGUGUUCUUUGAUGAGUUGGGUGACCCUGUGGCACGCUAUGCACUGGUAAACUGGCAGAUGGAUGAGACAGGUUACAUACUCUUUGAGACCAUUGGUUACUAUGAUGCCUCCCAGCCUGAGGGCCAGCAGUUUGAGAUGAAAGAGGAUGUGAAAGCCAUCUGGGCAGGCGAGAAUCUCGACGUGCCGAGGUCCAUUUGCAGUGAGAGCUGUCUGCCUGGGACCCGCCGGGCCUUUGUUAAGGGCAAACCCAUCUGCUGUUUUGAUUGCAUCACCUGUGCUGACGGGGAGUUCAGCAACAGCACAAAUGCAGUGAAAUGUGACAAAUGUCCCCCUGAGUACAAGUCCAACGAAGAGAGGAACAGCUGUGACUUGAAAGCCAUUGAGUUCCUCACCUUCAGGGAACUGAUGGGCAUACUGUUGGUCACCUUCUCUGUCUUUGGUGCCUGCCUGGCAAUGACUAUAGCCCUGAUAUUUUUCCACUACAGACAAACUCCUAUUGUCAGGGCCAACAACUCUGAGCUGAGCUUCCUGCUGCUCUUCUCCUUGACCCUGUGUUUCCUGUGUUCUCUGACCUUCAUCGGCCGGCCCUCUGAGUGGUCCUGCAUGCUGCGACACACUGCGUUCGGCAUCACCUUUGUCCUCUGUAUCUCUUGUAUUCUUGGGAAAACUAUAGUGGUGUUGAUGGCUUUCAGAGCUACACUUCCAGGCAGUAAUAUGAUGAAGUGGUUUGGGCCUGCACAGCAGAGACUCAGUGUUCUGGCUUUCACUUUCAUACAGGUUUUAAUUUGUAUACUUUGGCUGACUAUCAACCCUCCAUUCCCCUUCAAAAAUAUGAGCCACUAUAAGGAGAAGAUUAUACUUGAGUGUGCUUUAGGCUCAGCUGUAGGCUUCUGGGCUGUGUUGGGAUACAUAGGGCUCUUAGCUAUGUUAUGUUUUGUGCUCGCUUUUCUGGCUCGAAAGCUGCCUGACAAUUUCAAUGAAGCUAAAUUUAUCACCUUCAGCAUGUUGAUAUUCUGUGCAGUCUGGAUCACCUUUAUCCCAGCAUAUGUCAGCUCUCCUGGGAAGUUCACUGUGGCUGUGGAGAUAUUUGCUAUUCUGGCCUCCAGUUAUGGAAUGCUGUUUUGUAUUUUUUUGCCCAAGUGCUACAUAAUUUUAUUAAAACCUGAGAACAAUACAAAGAAACAUUUGAUGGGUAAAAUGACGUCGAGAGCCCUUUGA